AUGAACAUUCUAAAUCUCCGCGAUUUCGUUCAAAUUUCUCUACUUCUGCUCCAAGUUCAAUGUUUUACAUCUCCCGGAUAACUUCGUUCGGUUUGGAAAAAUCCAGUUUCUUGUCCAGCAGGACAUUAUGCAAAUGGCUUGAAAAUAAAAUACUCACAAAAUACUGCCGAUGAAUUUUCCAGUGAUUUUUCAUUGAUCGUUGGUUCUGUCAGUGCGGUUGCUCUGUAUUGUCAGGAAUUUGGGAGUUCUGGUGCUCCAACUGAGCAAAAUCAAAUUCUCAGCAGUGAAGGAGUUGUAAAAGACUCGGCAUGGAAAAAUACACAGACAAUGUUGCGGUGUACUGUGGGACGAAAGAUGGUCCCAGGGACAAUACGGUGAGGGUAAGAAACACCAAAAACCGAGGAAACUGGGAUUCUGACUUCCUAUGCCCCACCGGUGAAGCGGUCUGCUUGAUUCGGUCGCAAAUGGAAGCAAUGGUUCCUUUUAUGCCAGGUCCAGAGUUUACACCGUUGGGAACAAAUGAUUUGGAAAUGAAGUGCUGUAAAAUUGAAAAACCGCCACCUCCGCCACCGCAAAGAUCGGAAGAUUACCAGGAGAGGGGCCACUACCGACGGGACCCCUUUUUUAACUUUUCCGGCGGGAAGUUUGAAAUUUUCGGUAUUAUUCUUGUGUUCAUUGUAUUGAAUCAAUAA